GAGAGAGACACAGAGAGAGAGGGGUGUGAGAGGUUGUUGCGUGCGUGCAUCAGCCUCGUUCAUAUCGCGCUCCGGGAACUCCGUGCCAGAGUGUGUGAGAGCGCGCGCGAGAGUGUGCAAGUGUGUGUAUGUGUGUGUUUGCAUGUGUGCGAGCGCGCGCGCUUUCUCCGUGCGUUCUCGGAGACACGGGAGCGCGUCUGAGAGCGGGACUAUACAUGGGAUUUAAAGCGCCGCGCUGCUGUCCGCGUGUGGAAGGCGCGUGCCGGAGGACAGAGCUGUUGUGAGGAGGGAUGGAAAUACCGGGAGAGGAGAGGAGCUCGAGCCCCUAACUGACACACACACACCGCACGCGGAGAGCCAACAUCACACACACCGUGAAAUACUAUGGAAAGAUAAGAGCUGCUGGAAGCUCGAGACGGAGACGGACCGGAGCUGAACACACACACAGAGGGAGAUGCACAGAGCCUGGAUUCUUCUGAUUGUGGUAGAAGAGGGCUUUGCUCUGGCACAAAGAAUCAGAGAGACUCAGAAUGAAGGUGGACCUCCGUCCAGGAAUGACCAAUGUGGCGUUUGGACCAAAACCAUCAGUGGAGGCCAAUUCAUGUCCCCCAACUACCCCAACACCUACCCCCCCAACAAGGAGUGCAUCUAUGUCCUCGAAGCGCUCCCUCGCCAGAGAAUCCAGCUGGUCUUUGACAAAAACUACUACAUCGAGCCCUCGUUCGAGUGCCGCUUUGAUCACCUGGAGAUAAGGGAUGGCCCCUUCGGCUUCUCUCCGCUCAUCGACCGCUACUGUGGGCCCAAAAGCCCCGGUGUGGUCACCUCCACUGGCCGCUUCAUGUGGAUUAAAUUCACCACCGAUGAGGAGCUGGAGGGCCUGGGGUUCCGCGUCAAAUACACCUACAUUGCAGACCCAGAUUUUAAGCUGCACGUGGGCGGACUCCUGAAUCCAAUCCCAGACUGCCAAUUUGAGGUCAGCGGCUCAGACGGCUUCGUGCGUUCCAGCCAGGUGGACGAGGAGGAGAAGGUUAAAGUCGGAGAAGCUCUGGACUGCAUCUGGACGAUCCGAGCGCCUCCUCAUUCCAAGAUAUACCUGCGCUUCCUGGAGUACCAGAUGGAGAACUCAAACGAGUGCAAGAGGAACUUUGUUGCCGUUUAUGACGGCAGCAGCGCCAUCGAGAACCUGAAGGCCAAGUUCUGCAGCACCGUGGCCAACGAUGUCAUGCUGGAGACCGGCGUGGGCGUGGUCCGCAUGUGGGCCGACGAAACCAGCCGGCUCAGCCGCUUCCGCAUGCUCUUCACCUCCUUCGUGGACCCUCCUUGCUCUGGCAACACCUUCUUCUGCCACAGCAACAUGUGCAUCAACAAUUCACUGGUGUGCAACGGCGUGCAGAACUGUGUGUACCCCUGGGAUGAGAACCACUGCAAGGAGAAGAAGUCUAAGGGCCUUUUCCACCAGAUCACCAAAACCCACGGCACUGUCAUCGGCAUCUCCUCCGGCGUGGUUCUGGUGCUGCUCAUCAUCUCCAUCCUGGUGCAGAUGAAGCAGCCCCGUAAGAAGGUGGUGGCGCGGCGCCCGGCCGUUUUCAACAAGGCCGGCUUCCAGGAGGUUUUCGACCCUCCGCACUACGAGCUCUUCUCGCUGCGGGACAAGGAGCUGUCCUCGGAUCUGGCCGAGCUCUCCGAGGAGCUGGAGAGCUUCCAUAAGCUGCGGCGUUCCUCCACCGUGUCCCGGUGCGUCCACGAGCAUCACUGCGGCGCUCAGGUGCCGUCCAGCGCCAAGCAGAGCCGCUCCACGCUGAGCUCCAUGGAGCUGUCCUACCACAACGACUUCUCCAAACCUCCUCCGCCCAUGAAGACCUUCAACAGCAGCAGCAGCGGCAGCGGCACCGGCAGCUACAAGAAAAGCUGCUACGGCUACAAACAGACUCACGAGUGCGCCGAGCAGGUCAUCGAAGACCGAGUGAUGGAGGAAAUCCCCUGCGAGAUUUACGUGAGGGGCGGGGCCACGGGGAGCAUCGGCAGCGGCUGCGGCAGCAUCAGCAUCCGUAACCACGGCAGCGUCGCGCGCAGCAACAGCGCCGCUGUGGCCGACCAGGGCCAGCGGUCCAUCUCCAUGGACUUCUGAAUGAUCGAGGGGGGACAAGCGGAGGAGAGGAGAGGGAAGGGAAGGAGCCUGACCUCCAUAGACUCAUUAUUAUUAUUAUUAUUAUUGUUAUUUUUGUCCUUAAUUUCUUUAUCGUUUAUGUUUAAAAACCCUGCCUUUCUGAUGUGAAAUGAAAGUGGUCCAUCUACCUAGACGAGUGAGGAAAAGGGAAACAGAGGGGAACCUUCACUUUGUCUUUCACUGCAAAAAGGUACCUUAGCGAGUGAAAUCAUCCUUAAUCCAGUCAAUAUAUCUAAUAAUGAGACCUCGCGAGACUCUUUUUAGACUAUUAUUGGAUUUAUUUCUAGACAUGUUUACUUCUGUUUUAAGUCAUUUCAGAAGUCGAUAAAGAGUGAAGAAGCCGUUUUAGCCAUUUUAGAGUGAAGUAGUUAUUCCAGGGGGUAAAAUUGGCUGAAUUUAACAUAUUUAAAAAAA